AUGGAUGGACAGAGAGAUGGAAAGGGGCGGCUCGGUGCCAAGACAACCCAGGUGCUCCUGGGAGCCACGCAGCUCUCGAACCCGGGCCCCCAGGCCUGUUAUAUAAGGGUGGCGCAGGUGGUCACGAACCCGCUCUACGCCGACGAGGCCUCCAGUGGUGACGUGGCCCUGCUGCACCUGGCCAAGGCUGUGACCUUCACCCGCUACAUCAGCCCCAUCUGCCUCCCGGGCACCGGGGUCCGCUUUCCCCCAGGGCUGAACUGCUGGGUCACCGGUUGGGGCAACCUCCGCUGCUGUGAGGAGGUGCCAGCCCCACACGCCCUGCAGAAGCUGGCUGUGCCCAUCAUCGACACCGGGAACUGCAGCGCCAUGUAUGCGACGGACGCCGGCAACAGGCUUCGGCCCCGCCACAUUCAGGAUGACAUGCUCUGCGCUGGCUACGCUGAGGGCAAGAAGGACGCGUGCAAGGGCGAUUCGGGGGGCCCCCUGGUGUGCCCGCUGGGCUCGCAGUGGGCCCUGGCUGGGAUCGUGAGCUGGGGCGAGGGCUGCGGCGUCCGCAACCGCCCAGGGGUCUACACCCGCCUGACAGCCUACCGGGACUGGAUCCGCCGCCACAUCCCCAAGCUGCACUUCAUGGGGGAGCCCGGCCCCGCAAGGGGCUGGGGCAGAAGGAGCUCCUGAGCACCCCCGGGACCAGCCAGGCAUCAGGGCCACUUUCCCCAGCCCUGGCAUAGACGCAGCUGGAGGGAGGCCACGUCGUCCUUCCUCCGCCGUCUGGAGGACCCGGGAUGUCCUGUUCACCGGGUCGUUCUUCUCUCCUCUGCCCCUUGCCCGAAGGACCCAGGCAUGCAGGCCCCCAGGCCCUGGCGCUCUCGCCCACCGGCCCCCACUCCCCUCCCGGAGAAGCCAGGCAUCCGGAGCUCAUCGAGUUUGGCCAACGCUUGGCGGGGAGGACGUUCCCUUUCGGAGAGUGAAUGAAAACCAGAAACAUCCCGUAACACGACAAUCUGCAGCCUUGAGUCGAUCCCAGAAGCACAUUUUGCCUUCAAGUUCCUUAUAGGGCCAUUAAAUAUCCAUGAGCCAACGCUAAGACCCAGAACAGACUCCACAAGAGGCCUCUGGGGGCCCAAGAUGAUUGUCUUUAACGAGAGGCAAAUGAGAUGUGCGGAUAUGCUCCACAGUUGGCCACGACGAAGGCGUGAGACCUUCACAGGGUCUCCAUCCCCCAUAGAUGCCAAAUCACCGCAUUUCCCUGCCAAAAAAAGAUCUCUCGUCGGCCACAUUCACAUCUCAUCUGUCGUGGGACGCGCUCGGGAACCGGAAGAGGCGUUUGCCCUGGUUAACAAGUUAGCGGGCGGUAAUGAGAAUGCAACGAUGUGACCCCAAAGAGCCGUAUCCACCCCCUGAAAAGCCACUCAACCCCCUUGAUCGAGGGAACGUGAGACGUGGUGAUGACCCAGCUAUGUCAUCGGGAGAGAGGUUGCCCAAGAUGGAGUCUCUCUCCCACUAGGAAGCCAACAAAACGGCCCCAAAUCCAAAACAGCAGUUCCUUACCCCGGAGCUGUCGUCGCCUGUUGGCUUUCCAUACACCUGCUCAGACAUUGGUUGGCAUCAAACAGAUACCAGUAGAGUCCCUCUCCAAGCCCACUGAAAUGCCUUAAAACCACGGAGUUUCUCCCCCAAAAUGAGCGUGCUGCCAUAUCAAGAGCCAUCUUCACGUCUUGGGUACCACACACCUUCUCAGACAUUGGCCAACAUCAAAGAGAUGUCAGUAGCCACUCUCCAAACCCAAUGAAAUGCCCCCAAACCACAGCAUUUCUCCCCCCAAAAACACACACGACUUCAUGAUCAAGAGGCAUCGCCAUGUCUUGGCUUCCCAUACCCCUGCUCAGACACUGGUUGGCAUCAAAGGGGGGUGAGCAGAGUCUCUCUCUGAACCCAAUGAAGUGCCCUAAAACCACAGAGCUUCUCCCCAAAACGAGAGCUCCUUCACGUCAAGACCCCCCUUCACCUCCAGCCCAAUGCAGUGCCCCAAAACCACCACGUUUCUCCCCAAAAACA